AUGAGGGCACUGGUGACGGAUGUCACCAAGUUGCCCAUUGCGUACCGCGCGCUGCUGGCUGAGUUUGACAUAGACACUGGCUCUUCCUUGAGGGCGAAGUACCCGCCUGCUCCACCGGUGGUAAAAGAGGCAGUAGAUGUGGAGGGAAAUACGCUCUGCAGCUUUGGGGACGAUGAAGAAGUGCCUCCAGAGCGGUUUUACGCCUUGGAGCUAGACGACAAUUAUUGCGCGAGCCACAUGUUGCCUGAUGGUGCUGAGAAGCACUUGAUUAGUCGAAGUGUUUUCAUCGUCAAUAGGCCAAAACCUGCGAUUUACGAUCGCUUUCAUGUGUACUGUUUCGCCUUAGCGGAUACAACCGAGCCUGGGGAAGUAGACACAAGGGAUAUAGGUGCUUCCACUCACUGGGAGUGGGUGCGGAACACAGUGGCUGACGACCCUUUUCUUCACGAGGAAAUGCAGCGAAGCAAGAUGACAGGAGAGAUAAUUGUUCGCUCCAAGCGUACUGUGUUGUUGGGCCCUGAGAGGAUUACAGAACCCGGUGCGCUGCAGGUGUGCCCCGCCAUCCCUGUAAGCGUUGUUGCCUUUGCACACCAGCUGCAAAUCAGGUGUACACAGCAUGAGUUCGAUUCUGUAUCAUGCGGUGCUUUUGUUGGUAGAGAUGAGGUGUCGAUGACCGGAAUGGCUGCACCAUCGUCCAUGUAUAUUGGGGGGUAUUCGUUCGCGGUGCUUCGAGUUGACUCUACGUGGCAUGGCUUCUUGUUGCAGACGACGCACCUGGAGAGAUUAAAGGAGGUGAUGGAUACACUACCAUUGGAUGAAAUGGGGAAAGGGGCACUGGAUGGCACAGAAAAUAGUACUGUGCCUCCACUCUAUGGACUUUGUGCGGUUGUGACGCGCAAGGAUGCCUCUGUUAGGCGUGGUGGCAUCAGCAAAAGCGUGGCACUCCUAGGGCCCACGCUGGUCUGGCUCGAGCCUUUUUUUCCGCUCCUCGUAGAGACUGCACUGCAGUGCUGCGAUGUAAAGGGAAAAACAGAGGAGGCAAUGGAGCAGCAGACUGCGUUGCUGCGACGUUGUUUUGAUGCUGUUAAAGGCGCAGCAACUCCCUUGAUGCGGCAGCUGCGUGAAACAGACAGCUUUCUCGAGAUGGAGGUCAUGAGAAUAUCUACAAGAAGCUUGAAACCGGCGCAUGUGUCAUACACUGCCUCGCCUUUUGGAACCCCACAUUACCUGAACAUACCUCUCUCACCGGAGUCGUCUGAUUUUACCUUCUCCCGCUGUGGUUUGGAGCAAAUGGUAGAAGUCUCUGGAGCAUCGUUCUGGACUGUUUUGAUGGCCAUUCUUCUAGAAAAGCGCAUUGUGAUUUUGUCCCGACAAGGUCUCCCCAACGAUGUCUGUGAGGCUGCUUUGUCACUUGGUCUCAUUGGCAACUUGUUGGACCCGGGAUUCACAGCUAAGAAAGUAUUCCCGUAUACUUCCGUUAACGGUUUCCCUCACUUCAGUAGCGUGCCAGGGUAUAUUGUUGGAACACUAAACCCAAUAUUCGAGACACAGCAUGGGUGGUGGGAUGUUCUGUGUGACUUGGACAACAAAAGUGUUAUGGUAUCGCCCGAUGGAGGCAACGGCAUCAAGACAGGUGGGGUAUUGGCGCACGAUAUACAAUUUUCCAGAGAGAUCCUCAGCAAGGUGUAUCGAAUGAGGGCAAUGCGGGAACCAGCAGGUGAAAGGCACCAAGCUGUUCUCUUGUCAGUAGAAGAAUGCCUUGGACUUAUUAUUAUGGUGAGUGAAGCAUAUGAGACGCAUGGUUACCGUGUCGCUCGGAGUAUGCAGAACACGUAUCUUACACCAACCAUUCUCAGGCUACGCGCAAGUGCGCUGCGUGGUUCUAUGCUAGAUGAUAUGCCUGACCGUUACCUUUUUCCAGGGGAAGAUAUGACGAUGUUCAUUAGCGUGGCUGUGGUGCGUCGUGCCAGCAGCUGCGAGGAAUCCGAGUUGAUAUAUGCAUUGCACAACCUCCUUGGUUUCGUGCGGUCUUGCAAGGAAGUUCUUCUGCUUCUGCGGCGCAUGCCGCUUGCGUUGGAAGGUCUGAACCCGCUAGCUGCACAACUUCUGCACGCUUCUUCUAUAGUGCGUCAGGCGGCGCUGGAGUUGAUGCGACGCGUGGAGGUAUUCCCACCGGGCAGGGCAGCCAUUACUGCUAUGAAUAGCUUUCUCUUCAUGGUGUAUGAGGAGGCCUCUCGGGAAGCGUGA